GGACGCGCAGCACAGCGCAGCCGUGGAGCGUUUAACUGGGGUCGGCAAAGCGCAUCCAGAGUGAUUCCAGGACCCCUGCGGCUGUCGACGGAAACGGGAGGAGAUAAACAGAAACCUGGAAAAAAGGGGGAUCUAGCUAUGGCAGAGCGAGUAAAUAACUUCCCUCCUUUACCAAAGUUCCUAAGAAUAAAGCCAUGCUUUUACCAAAACAUCGAUGAGGAAAUCCCUGCUCCUCACAAGCAGCUUGUGCGCAGAGUUUACACACUUUGGAUGAUGUAUUCGGCCACGCUGUGCAUAAAUGUCAUCUCAUGCAUUGCUUGGUGGGCUGGAGGGGGAAGUGCCACAAACUUUGGUUUCUCCCUGCUCUGGCUCCUUCUCUUCAGCCCCUGCAGUUACACAUGUUGGUUCAGACCACUCUACAAAGCUUUCAGGGCUGAUAGCUCCUUCAACUUCAUGGCCUUCUUCUUCAUCUUUUUCCUUCAGUGUGUUUUGGCCCUUAUCCAGACUAUAGGCAUCUCUGGAUGGGGAACAUGCGGCUGGAUCGCCACAGUGAUGUUUUUCAGCUACAAUGUGGGCUCCGCUAUAGUGAUGCUUAUUACAACUCUGCUCUUCACUGUGGUGACCGUAUUAAUGGCAGUGGUUCUUCUUAAGGUGCACAGGCUGUACCGUGGCGGCGGCGGCAGCAUGGAGCGCGCUCAGGAAGAGUGGAGCAGCGGGCUGUGGAAGAGUGCACCGGUGAGGGAAGCAGGGUUCAACGCCGUCGCUCAGACCGCCCAAGGCCCGACUCUGCCUCAGUACCCCACCUCAGUGCCCAGUUACCCAGAUGACAGCCAGUGGUGAUGGCUGGGAAAUUCCUCUAGGGGGAGACAAACCAUUGGUCAUUUCUACAUUGCUGACAAAAGCACUUCAAAAUGCAGCAUUUCAGAUCAGAGAUGGGGGGGAUUAUUUUUUUUUCAUUUGAUUAAAGGAGAGAUUGGCUAAUAAAGAUUUUUUUUUUUAUUAGAAAGUUUUUGUCAUCAAAAGAAGCUAAAAUGUUUUGACGGUCUUAAAAAAAUUGCCAUUCUUUUUUUGACUUUGUUUACAUAAAGUUAAUAAAAAAAUAGACUUAUGUGGAAAGAAAAAAAAACUGGAUUGCUUAAAUGAUUGCAGAACACUUUAAAUGUGUGCCUUAUGGAUCUGUGUAGUGCUAGGUUUUUGUUUUUUUUACAAAGCCGCAUGCUACACUAUGCAGCAUGAGUUGUUUUUUAUUUCAGAAUAAGUUUUAGUUUGAUGCUUUAAUGCUUUCUCUGCCUUCCCACAGAGCGCAUUAUUGUUGCAGGUUUUGCAUGUUGGAAAAAAGUCUCCAGCUUGGCUUGCGCCUUAUCAGAAGCUUUUGCUUGCAUUUUUGUUUAACUAAUCUUAUGCUUCAGUGAAGCAACUUUUCUGUUUGAUACCCGACUGAGCACUAAUACGCCAAAACACUGACCUCCUCCCAUUACGUCUCCAUUUAAAAAGUCGCACCCAAACUUGCAUUGUGCCACAGAAUGUUUUGUUCUAAAGCUAAUCUGUUGCUUUCAGUGGAUGAAAGCACGUAUCUGCUGCCGAAACGAUCGUUUAAUUUUCGUAUGAUUGCUUAUUGAGAACAAUAAGCUUGCAUGGAGCCACUAAUACUUUCAGCUGAUAUCUUGCCAUUAGACAUACCCAGACUGAAAUAUGCACGUAUCGAUGGAUUACCGGCUGUCCGGUUUUGUGUUCUACUUGAUUUUUGCCAUUCCAAUUCUACCUGCUUUUUAUGUGAGAAAUCAAACUCUAAUCAUGGGCCUGUUAAAGCUUGUCUGAAGUUUUAAUCACAUAAAAAAAAUGUGCCUGCAUUGUAGAUUUGACAUUUUAUUUGCCUUUCUGAUAUAAAGUGUCCUUCAGGGCCGACUGCCAAAUGUUUUAAAUCUUCUGUAUUUAGUUUCUGAAAAUGAAGUGGUCCUGUGAAAGAAUACGUAUUGCAAGAUUUCAAUAAAUGACUUU